UGGAACUUGUUAUGUGAAACAAGCUAGCAUGGAACUCCUAGACAUCUGCCUGCCUAUGCCUUCAGCUAACAUUGGUUUCAAAGUGAGAGACAAAAUGUAUCUUCCUCUAGAAUCAGAAGCAAAGACACCCAUGCUUACCACCUGCUUUCACACUAGACUGGAAGUCCAAGCUCUUCAUGAAGAAACAGAAAUUCUGGCCUCAGAUGAGAACAAAGCAAAAGGUAUACAGACUGGAAAAGAAUGAACCAAAGAAUUUAUUUUUUUUUAGUCAUGAGAUUGUCGGAAAGAAGAGAAUGUUAACUUAUUCUUUUAUUCAAUCAGUGUUUAGAAAGCAGUUUCAUGUCACAGAUGACGUGACUGUUCAGGUAGACCACUUGUAAAACCAACAUAAAAAAUCCCCAAAGUUAGAAGGGGGAGCACUGAAUGUGCAGGGUUGAAGAUUAACACUAAGAAGUUAAUUGUUCAUAGAAUCCCUCUCUUUAACUGGACUCCUGGAGCUCAGCCUGGUGCUUGGCUGUGGAUCUCUGCAUCUGCUUCCAUCAGUUACUGGAUGAAGACUCUAUGAUGGCAGUUACGGUAUUCACUAAUCUGAUUACUGGGGAUGGUUGGGCAGAUGCAAGACGCAGAAAGAGUAACUGUAAAGAAGCCUAGAAAACAUUCCUAUCACUGCCAACACAAAUGGACAUACAAAGAUUACCCAGAGUGUCCAAGAUGGCAUCAGACAGCUCUGAGACUGGCCAGCAUUGCAUUGGUUUUCUUGGUGGCCACAGUGAUAGGACUAGCUAUCCAUGUAAGUCAGCUGAGUGUACAUUCCUUAAGUGAUAAGCACAACGAGGGGAUACUUGGUAAUAAUGAAAGCAGAUGUUGCAGCUGUGUGGAUAUUUCUCCCAGGAAACAACAGCAGGACAAAAUAAACUCCACGGGAAAAUCAUGCCCUGAUGACUGGUUCCAGAAACAAGGGAAAUGUUACAAGUUUUACAUGAACUUUGCGUCAUGGAUUGACAGUAAAAUAUCCUGUGCAGUAAGGAAAUCACGUCUCUUAGUGAUCCAAGACAAGGCAGAACUGGAUUUCAUCCAGAGUAAAAUACACGAUGGAGUUUACUUUUGGAUUGGACUGAAUGUUACAGACACACAGAAAACAUGGACCUGGCUGGAUGGCACACCGUUACACCAACAUCUAUUUCAAGUCACAGGCCAGGUUGAAGAUGAAGCCUGUGCCCUGAUAACAAAGAAGGGUGUUUUUUCUGAAAAGUGUUUCAUUCACAAUUACUGGAUUUGUCAAGAUUCAUCUACAGAGGACAAUGUUUGAAUGAUCAUAGGUAUUUCUCUUACUAGAAAAGAAUCAGCCACUAUGGAGAUUUGUAUUUUUCCCCAGACAAGUUCUCACUAUGUAGCCUUGGCAUGUUCUGGAACUCGUGCAGACCAGGCUGGCCUCAAAUUCACAGAUAUCCUCCUGCCUCUGUCUCUUGAGUACAUGGUGAUUCUAAUAAUGUGUAAAUAUGUGUCUACAAAUGUGAACACCCAGUCAGUCUCAGCUGAGCCCUGAGGUCAUCCCUGUCACUGACACACUAUCUCAUCAUCAUUCUUCACAGCAGUUACUUAAGAGGAAACCUUUCUUCAAUCUGCUAACCUCUUGUAAAAUAUCUCAUUUUCCUUUAAGAAUAAAGGAGACCAUUAGAGGAUUUCUGGAACUUUUUACCACUUAGUUUGCACAGCUGGCUGCUUGUUAUUCUUCCUGUGCUUACUGUGAAUAAAGCCACCUCUCUUUUCUGUCUAAAUCAAAUCUCCUCAUCUGUAGUUUGAAUUUCAGGAGACCAAGGAGACCCCUUCUUUUUUUCUUCUAUCUCUUUUCUCACUCCCUUUCUAUCAUGACCAAACCUACAGGAGCUACAAGAAAAUGUUCCUGUAACCACAUAUGGCUUUUGGUUUCUGUUCAGCUUCUCCCACCUCUUUUAAGAAAAACUUCCUGAAAAAAAUUUCAGUAAAUGUGUUUUCCACUUUCUAUCUCCUAUUUCAAGUUCCUAUAAAAUCUGGUUUCUGCUUUACCUAUUUCAGUAAAAUGUUUUCAUCAAGCCACCAGUGGCUGACUAUCUAGAUUUUUGGAGCUCUCUACAGCUUGACUUGAUAUUAACUAAUCCAUUCAUCUUGAAAUAUUAGCCUGGUGUCUAUGGCCCACUUCUGUCUGUCACUGCAGCUUUUCCUGCAUGGGUUUUCUCCUCUGCUCUUGUAAACAUGGAGACUCCCCAGAGUUUUGCUUGGAUCAGCCAAUAUACACAACUAAUGAUUGAACUCAUCUCCUUCAUAAUGUCAUCAAUUUAUUAUCUCCAAACUGGACCUUAUUAAAUGACUGUCCAUUGGACAUCUCGGGGGCUGUCCAUCUUCCAUGUUACUAAAGUUACUGAUCCAUUAGAUUUCAGAAGCCUGCCUGUACUAGUUAAGCUGAGAUCUUGGAGUCCGCCACGACUUUGCUUUCCUCUCUCCCUCAGUAUUCAAAGCUUCACUUAAGUUUUACAAAUUGGAUUACUUUUGAUUUAUUUGCAUUAUCUUUGUACUCAGGUUAUUGUUCUGGUUUUCAAGGAGAGCCUUUUUUGUUCGCUUAUAUUCUUAGUAUUGGGACGGCACUGAGACAUACUGUGAAAAUCUACUCUAAAUAUUGGGAUGGCACUGAGACAUACCAUGACAAUCCAUCCUUAGUAUUGGGAUGGCACUGAGACACACUGUGACAUCCACUCUCAAUACAGCUACUCUAAACCUCACAUCAGACUAUGCUGCCUGCUGUUUAAUGCCUGGGGAUUUCUGUUUUCCCAGUCCCUUCAUUUUGUGGCUUCACCUCAUUGCCCCCUUACUUCAAAGCAUGCACUUAGGAUGGACUCACAAUAAGCUUUAUUUGCUUCCUCUAACUACUUAAAGAAUCUCUAGCCCUUAACCUGAUCAAAAUUUUUUUUUGUUUCAAUUUAACAUUCUUCCUAUUGGUGUGUUCAUAAAAGCAAACCUCGACAAAGCUAUGGUACUUCCCACCUUGGCCCAACUAGGGGUACAUAUACAUCCUGAUGUACUUCCUGCCUACAUAUCUCCCACCUAUGUGUGAUCCCAACAUUGUGUGAGGUAGGGGCAACCAACUUUGUUUAUUAAAGUGAAAACACAUAAUUUGCUAUCUCACAAGAACCACAGCCCCCACCGCUGAAUUCCAGGCAAUUAUCUGUCCUUGGCAAGUGGGGCUUAUAGGUUGAUUUUAGUACUUACAUUCCCCUUGAGUUGUAUCCUGAGUUAAAUCCUUGACUCUGGCUCUGUGAUGGCUGACAUCAGAGUUCCUAUGAGAAUGGGAACUAGUCAUUUUUCAUCUAGUGUCCCCUUUAUUUUCAAUAUUUAUCCUCUCUCUCUCUCUCUCUCUCUCUCUCUCUCUCUCUCUCUCUCUCUCUCUGUCUUUGAGUGCAGCCAGAUUAUCUCUAAUGAUUCCUUAGUAAUUUGUAUAAAAAUAACAAUUUUCUCUUAAAGCCAUAUAAUACCUUCUUGUUCUGUAUAGAACAGGUCAAAUCCCCUAUUAUACUGUAAAACUAUUUCAGCAAAUGAAUCUACCUGUUGAUAGAUCUGGGCCUAUUUGAUUUUAACAGAUACCAUUCCUGGUAUUCCAAUAGGCACUAUAGGUAGCUAUUUUGUCCCCAUAUGCCAUGUCCUUUGAUCUAAUAAUCCAACCUAUUGAGGACAAGGGGUGAUGUAGUCUCUUUAACAAUUUCCUACUGAAAUUAAGACACCAUUGUCAGGACCCAGCAAGGCUAGAAUUCUAGUCAAAACCUGUGGGUGGGGGGUUCAGGCAAUGGGACAUUAAUCAGAAGCAUCUGGUUUGCUGACCAAGCUGAAGAUACAGGGAGCAGUUAUAUCCCCUGGACUGGUUCACAUUAGCUUUCAGGAAGUCCAAAGCUCAGCAGUUUGUAGUCUGUAGUUGAUUUUUAGAUGGUGUCUGUUAGCUAAGUGGAAAUCUGCUGAGACAAAUAUAGACUAGGGACAGAAAUUAAAGUUUAAACUUAAUAGAAAAUCUUACAUUUGGAACUUACAGGGCUGUAGCAGGAAUCUUAGAAGUUCUUAUUAAUAAAAUCAAACUUGAGGCCAGUUAUUGGGGUGAAUGCUGGAUGAUCAGAGAGACAGAACAGGCCACAGCCACCUCACCUCUCCAGUUCCUCAGAUGAUCCUGUUUCCUCAGACUGGAAGCCUCUGACUUCUCAUCCAGAAUGAAUCUCAGCUGAACUGUGCUGCUCAAAGCCUAAAAGUUUAACCAGCCAAAAGCUGCUAGUUUCUGGUCUUCACGCCUUAUAUAUCUUUCCUUUCUACCAUCACUCCCUGGGAUUAAAGGCUCACUUUCUGGGAUUAAAGGCGCAAGUCACCAUGCUUGGCUGUAUCCUUGAACAGAUGGAUUUCUGCUUCUGGAAUGCUAGGAUUAAAGGCGUGUGCUACAACUGCCUAUCCUCUAUGUUUAAUAUUGUGACUGUUCUGUCUCUGAUCCCAGAUAAGUUUACUAGAGUGCACAAUAUUUUGGGGAGAACAAUACCACCACACAGGGCCAUUAUCCCGAUAGUUGAGGGAGGGGAGGAACCCAAAACCAAAGGAGAGAGAGAAAGAGCCCCCCCCCCUCGGUAGGUGAAAAAAUUUAGGCUGUACUUACCUGGAGUCUAUUUAACCUGUGAGAGGUGGAUAAAAGUCUUAUGAUUUACCCAAUUCCUUGAAGAUUAUAUGAAAAUUUUGGUUUAAAAAAAGAGAUAAAAGUUUUAGAUAUAUUACUAUUACCAUUGUUUGCACUCUGUACUAAAAUCCACACUGUAGAAAAAGCAGAUAUCAGAUAGCUGUGAGAAAUCUCAGUAUAACAAUAGCUUAGAUGAGGGGAAGAAAUGUCAAACAUUUUCUAUUAUUCACAUACCUUAAAUUAUUUUCUUAUACCCUCAGAACUUGCAUAGACUUUGAGCCUUUUUUCCCCCAUCUAAUCAUUUGUCAGAGAUACAAGUAGUUAUUACUGAGAACAGUCACUGCAAAACAAGUUCCGUUAAGUAAAGAAACAGUAAAAUUAACAUCUGAAACCUGUUUAUACUUUAAUAUGAAGCCUGUUAGCAAGUCAAACCUAUCUGCCUUUCUCAUCAGGAGACCUAGUAGCUCUAGAAAAAGCACCUAAUUUUUACAUACAAAAUGAACUUACAAGGUGGCUACAGCCUUCGGAAAGGAGCUGGUUGCCUACUGCUGUUAAACUCACAAAGUUGCAGUUAGCCUAGCUGUCAGUGCCAUCAUAGGAUGGAGAAGGAUAAAUUAUAGCAGGAAGUAUAACCUGAAUGGCCUGUGUAUCAACUAAAAGGACAGAGACUUAUCCAUCAUCUAGAUGGUCACCCUAGGCUCUUGUGUUGUUGAUGGCUUUCUUGGAGGCAGAGAUCCCAGGGAAGGAUCAGUCUUCAGCUGUCAAGUUUAGAAGAUCUGAGUGACAUUCCUGUGGAGGAGGAACUAGGAGGACUUGCUUUGUCUAGGCAAAGCAGGGCAAUCAACUCUCUAGUAUCUUUGUCCACAGUUUGGGCAGGGUACUAGUGGUGAUCUAGAAAUUGGGGCAGCUUUUCCCAGUGGUUAGUGUGACCACAAUCCAGGUGGAGUCCUGGUGCACCAUCAUCUUCUUUGGAGACCUUAUGGUCACCACUAAAAGCUGAGGUUUGUCUGUCAUAGUAUGCUGUGGAUAUCUUUCUGUAUGUGAAUAUGUGUUGCUCUGAUUGGCUGAUAAAUAAAACUGUUUGGCCAAUGGUGAGGCAGAAUAAGGUUAGGUGGUACAUUCAAACUGGAGAGAGAGAAGUAGAAAGGAGAGUGGGGAGAUGCUGCCAGGAGAAGAAAGAUGUGAAAGUACCUGUAAACCACAAAGCCAUGUGGCAAUGCAUAGAUUAAUAGAAAUGGGCUGAGUUAAGUUGUAAGAGCUAGCUAGCUAGUGAGAAUCCUGAGCCAUUAGGCCAUAUAGUUUGUAAGUAAUAUAAGCCUCUGUGUGUUUACUUGGGUCUGAGUGGCUGUGGGACCAGGUAGGACACAGGAAAACUUCCAACUACAAUAGUAAGGUUUUUUUUCCAUUAAACAUUUAAAAUGUCAUAUUCAGCAGAUCUCUGACAAGUUUGAGUACCAUUUUCUACUAAGUAUAUCUGAGCUAAGCAGUCUUUGCUUGUUUUUAGUUACUUGCUUUUGGUUUAAUCUUGAAAACAUAGGCAAGAGGCUAAAUAAGGCUUAUUUCUGUAAUUAAUUACAUUAGUACUUAGCAUGACUACAAGUAUAGUUAUGAACAUAUUAAAGAAUUUGAUCCUUUAUUAGGCAACUGAUCAUUGAAUUGCAUGUCUUAAUUAUUUUUAACAGUUUACAGUGUGUUAGCAGCUUUUAUAAGACUAGAACUUACAGCUUUAUCUGUGUUAAGUUUGAGCCUUUGGUGGUGGGGGGAACAGCUUCUGAAUUGAAAUUCCUUUUAGUAUCAAAAUAAAAUUUUAAAUCAUGAAUGCAGCACAUAGGGAGACUGACAACUUUACUUUCCUGGUCCCCAUAGCAACUGGGAUGCCUUCAGGAAUUCUAGCCCUGCCAUACUGUGCCAACUCUCAGCUGCUCUGCAUGAUUCCUUCAUAUCUUUAAAACCAGUACCACUUGGUUGAUUCUUACAUUAUAAAGUUUGGCUGUCAGCAUGAGGUGCAUUCUUGGCUUUAAUACCUUAUUAAACUAGCUUUGUUUUUACGUCCUAUUUUUCAUAAACUUUGUUUUCAAGACAGGAAUUGUCAUUUAAAAAAAUCCAUCCUGGGGCUGGAUU